GAGGCGCCGGCGCCCCCUCGGUGUAGCUCCCCGGGAAGCGGCGGAGGCUGCCCGGGGCCGAUGUGACCGAGCCUUCCGCCGCCUCUUAGUAGUCGGCACAAAUCGCCUCCCUUCUGCCCCCCGCGGCGGGGAGGGCCACCCCCGCGGAGCCCUCCCUCUUUCCUCCUUCCCUCCCUCCGCCCGCCCUCCUCCCGCCGCUGCACACCCCGAGGAAGGGCUUGUUUUCCUGCCCGGAUGAUGAAUUUCUCCGCAAGGUCAUCCCUGCCCGCGGCGGCGGCGUGCCCGCGGUUCCCCGGGCGCUGCCGCGGAGAUUAGCUUUAUAUGAAACCUGUCGCUGACAACCUGCCCUGUCGUAUCCACCGCCUGGCGAGAAAGCUCUGAGGAGAAGCCAAGGGCAAACCACAUCUCUGAGUCAGUCCAUGGGGACUGUACCAGAUCCUCUGAGAUCUGCCAAGCUUCCCCUGGGCACAGCUUCUGUGGAGGAGGACCACCUGGGAGACCUGCAGCCUGCUAAGCACCAGCCCCAGCUACCCAGUGGAGAGAGGGCCAGCAAUGGCUUCCCAUGCACACCAUCCAGCUCUGCUGGAGUUCGCUUGUCCGACCUGAAAUGCACAGUGGCUGCACAGAGGUGUGAGCAAUGCUGCGAGGACGAUACUAGGCAGCGUGAAGCCUUUCCUCCCGGGAUCUCCAGCAAAGCUGUGGAGGGGUGUCCUGCAGCCAUAGAGCCUGCUGGACCCACAACAGCAGCAGCCCCCCCUGCAGCAGAAGACCCCUUGUCGGGGUGCGGGCCAGAGAUGAUGCCAGCCCCACAGAGCUCCCGGCAGUUUGUGCAAGGCAGCCAGGCGAAAAUGAGCUCCCUGGCGCAAAUAGAUGACUCUGCCUUGAAACCUCAGGGGACUGAUGAUCAGCCAGCACUUGAUGUGUUAAAUUAUUCUUCCCCGGGCAACCCUGUCAGGGGUAAUGAGUCCUGUCCUGCUUCUCAGGCAAACCUUCUGCAAAGAGGGGAGAAAGACAGGGGAGCAGAAAAGUCAGCAGGGCACACCAAAGCUGCCCUGGGGAGAGACCCACAGACCAGUUUGGAGGCAAAAAGCGGGGCUGCAGACACCACACAGUUGCUUCCCACAGAUAAGACUGAAGAGAUGCAGAGCAGCAAGGCACCAGCCCAGUCUAGCCACGAGAGCCAGCAUCCCGUGCACAGCGCAGACCCCGGGCUGGGGAGUCCGGGCCCUACCCAGCUCUCCAGAUUCAGAGAAACGGGUACAAUGACAGUUCAGCCAGAGAGCAGCUCUUUAAAUCAGGAAGCAGUAAGCAGGACAUGGCGAGAUGCUGAGGUUCAGGCCGUGGCUACUGUGGAGAGCAAAUCAGCCUCCACCAGUCCCAGCAUCCUUGCUGCCUUCUUAAAAGGGAAUCCUCCUCCAGAGGAGAAGGAAGAACUGCACAUAAUUUACCAAGGAGGGAUGGGGCUGAGCCAGUGUGCACUUACUGACAGUUUAUCUUCACAACAGAAGUCCCCAUGUUCUCCUGGUAUCACGUCAAAAUCGACUGUUGUUGUGGCUGUGACUGCUUCAUCCCAAAUUGAGCGUGUCAAACUACCUGGGGUCCCAUCUGAUGUGAUGUCUCCAGUGUCAGCAGAUAAUGCAAAACCUGUUCUCCCCUUGUCCACUGCAGCCAUUACCUCCCAAGAGACACCUGUGGGUAAUGCUGAAAUGAUCGGUGCAGCCAGUGAAGGCAAGGGUGCUGCUCAGCUGCCAGUGGAUGCUCCAGUUCCAUCAAAGCUCAUCCCUGCUGGGCAGCUUGCAGUUGACUCCAGUAAUCAAACUCCAGCACAGUCUGGGUCUGGCACUGGUGAACCAAGCACCACUUCUGCUGCCACUGCCCCAGGAACCCAGAACAACGUGCAAGAUCCUGUCCAUGGUGCACGAAGCAGUCAGUUACCUUCACACUGUAGUACUGACAGGGAAGUCAAGGAGAAGGAGGUCCUGAGCAGCUCUGAGCAAAAGCCUGUGCAAAGUAAGGGUCUGAGUCAAGGGGAAGCCAUUCCUAAUCAAUCCAUGGUAAAACCAAAGGAAGAAAACUCAGUGGUGCUUGAUCCUGAAGGAGAGAUGAAUGUUAGCAGCCAACCUGCUGCUGUCCACAUAAAGGCAUCCUCAAAGGGUGCAGGUGAAAAGGAGAGCAGAGGCCAGGCAGACACUGGCCAGGCUCAGACGGCCAGCAGUCAGAGCCUGCAGGCAGGACUGAUGCCUGAGUUGAGUGUGAGUUCUGCACAUUCCACCUUUCCUUUGGAGGCAUCAGCAGCUCCCCAGCAGCAAGGCCUCCAGGCCAAGGAAUCCAGACGCGAGCUUCACGCAGAUGCUCAUCCUGCUUCAGCUCAGGCCUUACCAAACCUGGGGGAAAGCAAAAAGCAGCCCACCCCAGCCAUGGAGGCAAAAGUCCAGGUGAAGCAGUCCAAACACGUCAGGGAUGUUGUCUGGGAUGAACAGGGCAUGACAUGGGAGGUUUAUGGUGCUUCCCUCGAUCCAGAAUCCCUGGGAAUUGCUAUCCAGAACCACUUACAGAGACAAAUACGGGAACAUGAGAAACUGAUCCGGGCCCAGAACAGUCAGACCCGGAAAUCCAUUUCCUCGGAUACAUCCUCAAAUAAAAAACUGAAAGGGAGGCAGCACAACAUGUUCCAGUCCAUGCUGCAGAAUUUUAGGCGUCCUAAUUGCUGUGUCCGACCCGCUCCCUCUUCUGUGUUAGACUGACUUGGUUUGCAGGGGUGCAUAGGUGUCUAUGAUGGUAGAGAGAAUCCCUGCCCUCAAGUCUUGAGUCCUGCUGUUGUGUUAUUGGGGUUGUGAUGCAGCAACAGUGGAAAACUGUUCCCCUUUUGUUUUCUAAGUAGCCAUGCGCUCCAUCAUGCCGUUAUUAUUGCCACAGCUGGAGUGUUUCCACUUUAUACCCUCAUCCCAGCUACUGUCAGAUGAAAAGCUAGGCACUUAGCAAAAGCACAAACUUAAAUUGACACCUUGCUGCAGGGAGAGCAGCGCCUUCUGAUAAAGCAAGAAGCAGAGAAAUUGUCGUAAGCAUUAUGGGAAGCUAUCUGUGUGCAUCACAAGGUCUUACACAAAGGGGUGGGCUGGGGGAAGCUGGGUAAGGUGAAACUAAGGUUCAACAGCUGUAAAGAACUAAUGCAAGACAACUUUCCUGGUAAGUUCCCACACUGAGGCAGGCUUGAAGAGGUUAUGGACAUUGGUCACUGAGCAGGCUCAGUUCUGUUGAGACUGCGGAGCAUUGCUCUCCUGUGAGCCCCAGAGAGCAAGGUCUUCCCCUCCCAUUGAAAUGGAGAACCAGGCAAAGAGUGAGGAGCAAGGCUGAAGGAUUAUCUCUUUGGGAGAAGUUAAGUCAAUGGGAUUUUUAUGGCUAGAAGGGGAGAUGAGAGGGUGAUAUAUUCUGUGGGCUUUGUCUCCUCAGACAUGUUGAAGGUGUAAGCAGGCGAUGCACACAGGGCAGGUGAGGCACGAGAGAGCACAUCAGUAGAUGUACCUGCAUCCAACAGCAUGGUGCCCUCUCUCAUGCUGUGGCACUCCAGCCAACUCUUUCAAAAGUAGCGAGCCAUUCCGGCUCCUCAGCUGGGGUGGGCAGCUCCUGCUCUCAGCCUCCUGUGGCGCUGAGCACCUCUCCUCCAAAUCACUCUUUAAAGUGAUGUGGAUCUUCUUUCUCUCUCCAGAGAUACACAGUACCAUUUUCCCACAAGGAGCAGGCUAUCCUGUGCAUCUGGGUCCAUGAGCCUACAUGUCUAGUGUGUUACACUGAUUUCCCUUUUAUUCUUUAAAGUCCUUAGCCAAAUCUACUUUUUUUGCAGUAUUUCGGUGCUUCUCUUGCUGCCUUUCAGAAACCGAAUACCAUUUAUUUAGCCUGUGCGUAUUUUGUUUUAGCUAAUGCUCUUUAUAUUAUAAACCAUUAUAUUGUUAACUUGAAACAUUUACUUUACAGAAGUACUGAAAUCUUGAGACAAUCUUUGAUGUAUUUCUAAUGUUAGAAGAGUUGUAGAAACUGCUAAUAAAAAGUAGCUUAGUGACUGUUUCUCCACAAGUGUGAUAUACAAUAAUGUCUCAAAUGUAUGUUGGUCACAUUUCUCACCUUAAUAGUAUUUUUUCAACCUGGGAAAUGUAUUUCCCACUAGCUUUUUAUUCUGUCCACUAGAGUUCAUGAUUGGAGGCUGGGGAACUCCUGCAGUUUGUAGAAAAUUUAGGUUUCAAUCCUACAAAGCACUGAGGAUUUGGAUACUGUAAUCCUGCAGAGUACUAGAGUUAAAUAGGCGUUAUUUGUAUUCCAUUAAAGAUUUUUCAUGAAACAUGAUGAUAAUUUAUUUCUGUUGUAGUACUACACACCUGACUUACUCUGUAAAUCUUACAGGCUUAUACAGUGUAAAUGAGUAUUAAUAUCUUUUUUUCUUCCUCUUUUUCCAUAAAGCAGACCUUAGGUGGUCCUCUUUUAUUUAGGAGGCCGGACUUUAUGACUGUAUCAACUGCCAAGCCUUCAAAGCAGCUGUUUGGGGGCAAUUUUUCCCCAGCAGAGAGGUAAAAUAUUGUAAGAUAUAGUAUUUAAACCCAGUUUAAUGAAAGGUGUUGCCCCUAGACAUAGUAUUGAAUUGACUCCUAGGUUUUCUCUGGAGGCUUUAUGGCACGUUCUUGUUCCAUUUCUGUACAUUAUUUCAGAUCCUCUCCCACUUAAUGCUGAAUUGUUAAUUCUGAAAUACCACAUUAGAGAGUAUCUUCCCACCUUUGCCUGCAGGAGGAAAGACUCCUGCCUUUCUUCUGUUAGCACUAUUGUUUCCAUCCCCUUCCUAGCAGUGUCUGAGAUGUGAGUUUCAUGUGAAGUUUUGUGGAGGAUUAACACUGGCAGUAUCAUUAGGUCAGGUUAGUUGACAAGUUCAGUGUCUCUUACCACGUUGCGUCUGCGUCCGCCCCAAAGAGGUUCCCCGAGUUGUCUGCAGUGUUUGCUGUGUCCUGUCCAGGUCCAAGGCUUUGUGCUGCUCCUUUUGCCUACCUUCUGCCCCUUCCCUCGCUAGCUGCUGCCCAGCCUGUCUUCCUCCGAAAUGAAUUCCCUUGGCUCAGCUUGCAUCCCUCUUGCUGCUGUCCCCCUCGCAUGUACCAUUGUGAGCCAGCUUACUCUGAACUGCCCCUUUACAAAUAUGCUCAGUCUGAAUAUAUAAAUGGAUUGUCAUAUUUUUUUCCAGAGGAGAAUAAAUGGCUAUUGCACAUUCACCAAUUUCCAUGAACUUUAUCCAUUAGCUUAAGCUCUCCAAAAUAUUUCUAGCAUAUGGGUAUGAGUUUCAUUAUUGAACCAAACUGGGUUUGGCAAUGGAUGAGCAGGGUGCGGAGGCAGCACUGGAAUUAACUCUUCUUUGCGAGGAAUGGGAGAUCUCUCCUGAUUCCCUGCAGCUGCUUCCAGCUGUGAGUCUUCACCACACACACCUCCCUCCCUGUCCCAGACAACCUUUCUUCCAGGAAGAUCUCAUCAAUACAUACGUAUUGCAAAACACCAAUGGGCAAGUUAUGAAGUGGAUGCAUCAGAACAACUGCAUGGGCAUAACUGAAAAAAACGUAGUGGUCAGCAGAGCACUGAGCUUUUGUACUCUGGUAAAAUACAAGUGUAAAGACAAACUGCAGAAUGUCAGUGAUGCUGCCUGCUGGGCACAGAAGUCCCGCAAGGGUGCAUUUGAAGCCAAGCAAUAAUGUGCCAAAACCCAAUACGCAAAAACAGCCAAUAAUCACCAGUGCAUCUCAUGCGAAAUACUGUAGGUUUUCACUUUGCCUUGUUUAGGGCAGACUGUAGGCAACCUGCUAGAUUAACAGUGGUAAUUUAUGCUUUCUCCUGAAUACAGUGUCUAAAUAAAGAUGUAUUACAUCUUUCACCAGCAGCAAAACAGAACCAUGUUUUGGGUGGCAAACAGCAACUAUUAUGCAUGUGAGUGGUCUUGUAGCAGUCAAGAAAGACAAUUCUUGGUGUUACAUCAGUGUCAAAAAUGGAAGUGUGCUUGGAAUAGCGGUAUGGCAAAGGGGAGAGGGGGAUGAUCCAUGUGCCAGCCCUCCACUCUUGUUCUCUGCCCAGCGAAUCAGAAUCAUGUUGCAUUGGUUGGAUGGUUAACAACCAAGGAAAUCCAUUUGGGCUAAUAAAAAGAGGGUUCAAAACAGAAAGUAUAUUGUCAUUCCCAAGCGUAAAUCUGUAUGGAAAAAAAGACCUGUGUUGCAACCUAGCCAGCUGAAGUAACUCUUAAUUCAGUUUGUUACAAGAUGAGAAAUUUUGGGAAACAAGCUACUUGUCAGGAAACUCUUCCCUGUUGUUUGGAUCUUCUGGGAAGGUUGACAUGGCCAGAACCAUUAAUAAAAGCAGUGAAAGAGAAUGGAAGAGAUACUUCUAAUCUCACUUCAGGAGCUUUCCACUAGGAAAGAUGAGACUAAGCAUUUUUCAAUGAUACCAAUACAAAACCUGAGUUGAAGGAGAAUCUUGUUGCAGGCAAUUCGCGAUAUAGUCCUGGAUUUUCUAUGAGGCUUUGACAUUCACCACUGUCUGUAUGCAGUUGGUUGGUGUCUGCCAGCUUUGUGUUGCUGUCGGCACAAGUGCUGAGGUCCUGCCUCGUUUCUGCGGACUUGGUUUGGAAAAAAGAGUGAGGAGAGAGUUGGAGGGACAAAGAGGAGAAUAUCUGCCUUCUCCAUUUCAUACGAAGAAAACCUUCUUUUCAAUAUACAAGAUGGGACGAAGGGACCAAAAAAGAAGUAAAAGGAAGUUGGUGUAGGUGCUUCACAAGGAAUUCCCAUUCCUAUGUCUCUAAAGCCAAUGUUUUGUCAAAGUUUUGCCCAUUUGUUCAUUCUGAGCACACACUUUUUUCAUAUUGUUGGUGUCCCAUGGCUUUUAGGAAAAUUAACAUUUCCAAAGGCUGUAUAUUUUGCUAGUGUGUAUAGAUAGAUACAAAUAUGAUUAAAAAAAACACUAGGCAAACAACCUCAGUUUAUUACUGCUACUACCACCUAAGAGCUUGUAAAAUGCACUGUUUGGAGAAGUAUAAUCAAGGGACUCAGAAAAGGUGAAUAUAUGCUCUAAAGAUAACACUAGCUUUUAUCUUGAAUUUCAUUGCUAUGUUGAAGCGUUAGAAGAGGAAAUCUGAAUGAAAAUCACUGUUGAAGUUGAUGAAAAAUUCAAGUUGGCUGCCACCAGUUUUCAGUUUGGAAACCUGAUGAAAUUUACCAUACCAGUGUUUCAUUACUUAGGUCAGUAUAUACAAGGUUUUUAUGAAAGUGCAAAUGUUAUUAGCUUAUUAGCUUUGUUGUCUUGUACUGUGUCUAUCCUUCUACACCACUUAAAACUGAAUGCAAAAGGUUGCCAUGAGAGAGUUUUUCACACCCAGCUGUGAAACUGGCUGCUCUGAAUGAAAGACAGCUGAUGGUCAGGCUCUAUGGUCUUAGAAAGUUAAGGGCUGAAGGAAACUCUCCCCUCCCUUUCACUCUUCCAUCCCUUUUGUUGUAACAUCUCAGCCUCUGCCAGUUUGGGUUUUGAUGACUCUGUGAUGCCUAUAUGAGCGGUCAGUAUUCUCAGUCAUCCCAAAGAUAUGCACAUAGAUCCUUGUCCAAAUGCUGCACACUACCAAAUAUCUUUAGAGUCACUGGAUGCUGCCAUGAUCUGUGGGCCUGUUGGCCAGUUCCUGUGCAUUGGAAUGGCUGCAGUGUUCUCUUAUGGGCCUAAAUUAUCCUACUUGAGUCAGUGUAGAUAUUUUAAAGAAUGAAGUAUUACAGCUGAAUGGAGCUAAACUGAAAUUGGUAUUAUCCUUUUAAUGCGGAUUUUGCAUCAAAUCAUGGCAAGGAAGAUUUGCAAUGUGAAAAUUCUUUCAUCAUUCAGGCUUCUUUAAAGAAGAAAAUGAUGUUACUACUGAGCGAAAUCAUACAGAGAGGAAAUACUUUUUCCUCUAGGAAAACAUUCACUGUAGGUAAACUUAUGUGUGCAUGUGUCCAUGUUUAAAAGGAGUGUACAAGUAUGCAGGUCUCAUUCAUUACUCAUACACCAAGAUUAUUUUUUUCCCUUUGCCCUUCUGAUUGACUGCUGGAGGCUUAGCAUUUUCCACAACUUUGAGUCAAGUUAAAUCACUCUGCAACACAGAAACAAUGAUUUUCUCCUUAUCGGGUCUCUAAACAGCCGUAUCUAAAAAACCCACCAGCUAGCCAACCUCUGUGCCGAGACUUUCAACAGAAGGUACAGUGGCUGGGGUGUGGAGAGAUGUACACUGGCUUUUGAGCUUUGUGGAAAUCCACACUUAUAUGUAGAGAGCAGUUUUUGCACACAGACUAUGGGUGACAGCAAGCAUUUGAGCUCAUUAGGAACAGAAUCAUGUCAACUGAGUCCCAUUUGAAAUAUCAGAUAUUAGGUUUUUGUUAGCUUUCUGCUUAGACUGACACUCUCUGGAGUCAAAAUAAAUGACCAUUCUGCCAGGAGAGUCUUCAGCACUUGUCUGCUGCAGAAUAUAAGUCUCAGAUGCUUCUCAGGAGCUCUGCUACAAUAGGCGAUCCUUCUGCUGGAGUGUCCUCCUGGCAUUUCCCUUAGCCCAGCUCAUAAUCAAUAGUUUCAAGUACAUCAAAUACAAGUUUAGACAUUGCCCUGAGGAACUUCAGUAAAAUGAAAGAGAAAGAACCAUGUGUUCAUGGUACAUAAAAUCACUUCUGAAGUUAAGGUCUCAGUUUCACGGUGAAAAGUGUUGGGAGUUUCUACGCAGAGUUAAAGGGAGAGAGGGUAAGUGAACUUUGAAUUCCUGACUGUUGCAAGCGCCACAAAAAUGAUGGCCAUAAAUCAGUCAGCAACAGACGAAAACCAACUUGGGGGCUUCUAACGACAACUAAUAUUAUUGUGGCUUUAUUAUUUUUAUAGUUACACUGACUGAACGUGAUGUGCUGUACAAAGUAAAGCUAGUAUUAGGCUUCCAGGUGUGCUGUGGCAUUCAUUUGAGACAUACCAACAGAAGUUUGCAUGUGAAGAAGUCUUACAGUGAUACUAAAGCAAUGUUACCCACCCGAUCGAGUCCCUUAGGAAUUUAAUGUUUUGCUGUUUUACAUCUCCUGGUUUCCAUGCCGAGUACAAUAAAAUGAACAUUGUCUUAAA